CGGAAUUGCUUAAUGCUUAACUGUGCGUCGUCGAGGAUCAAACCCGUAUGAAGUGAUCUUUACAAUAUGUUGACAGUGUAACUCAGCAAUCGCGUUGCAAAUUUUAUUAACCAAACUGAUGAUGAUGAUGAUGAUGUCCUCCUAGACGUUUCCGUCGACGGCGACUCCCUGGUAUACCCUAUUAACCAAACUACCAUGGACACGGUUACAUUUCUAUUCAACAGGCAGUUACUAUGGAGACGAAACUUUGUUUACAAUACAAGACGUGUCUACCGUUCGUUGUCAUUGACAAAUAAUAAUUAUUCAUAAUUAAUUAGAAAUGGCUGAAAGGGCUCCCGUGUCCACGGAAGAAACCUUAGUUCGUUAUGACAAUCCUGUUUUGGUGACUAAAAAGAAAGAGAAUGUCAUAUCUCCUCGUGCUGCUGGGGCCGUGCAACCGUGUGUGCCAACAGAAGCCAAGAGGGAAACAGAAGAGAUUUUGAAUGCUAUUCUACCGCCAAAGGAAUGGGAAGAAGAUGGCCAAAUAUGGACUCAAAAGAUAUCAUCGAAUCCAGCCACACGUUUAGAUGUAAUAAAUCUACAAGAAAUGCUUGAUACGCGCUUACAACAACGGCAAGCGAGAGAAACGGGCAUUUGUCCCGUACGCAGACAACUUUACACUCAGUGCUUCGAUGAACUUAUACGACAGGUGACAAUAAACUGCGGCGAAAGAGGCCUCUUAUUGCUAAGAGUGCGCGAUGAAGCCAGGAUCACGAUGGAGGCAUACCAAACGCUAUACUGUAGUUCCAUCGCGUUUGGUAUGAGAAAAGCUUUACAGUCAGAACAAGGUAAAUCAGACUUGAUGGAUCAAGUGGCCAAGUUGGAAGCAGAACGUUCCGCUCUCGAGAAGCAGUGUAUGGAGUUGAAACAAAAGACAGAACAAUUGGAGCGACGUGCUGCUGAACUUAGAGCCGCUGAGGAGAAACGUCACCAAGAAGAGUUGCUGGCGUUGAAGAAGACAAACGCUCAAUUGAAGGCACAACUGGAAGGCAUUAUCGCGCCGAAGAAGUAGAAACAGUUACCACUGUGCUUAGUUCGUUAGUUAUUUUUAAGAUGUUUUUGUUGUUCUCCUAGAUUAUAGACAUUUAAAUUGUGUUCCGCAAAUAUAUUAUUAUU